AUGCGAAUGAUGUCUCUCAAGCCUCGGAAUGUGGACUUCCAGGAGACCUGGGCUAACCUUAAGGAAACUGUAGCGGGGGUGGUGGCGCUGCGCGCAGUGGAGCGCCACGUGUGGAACACGCGCUUCUCGGACGUGUACGCGCUGUGCGUGGCGCACCCCGAACCUCUUGCCGACCGCCUCUACGAUGAGACAAGAAAUUUCUUAGAAGAACACGUUGGAGAUUUGCUGAAGAGGGUCAAAGGGAACGCCACGUUGGAGAGCAGCGACUACAAUGACGGCUUACUUAACAGAUACGUGGCGGCGUGGCACGAGUACAGUCAGGGCGUGGCGUACCUCAACUCACUCUACUCAUACCUCAACCUGCAGCACGUCAAGCGACAGAAGGUGUCCGAUGCAGAGAUAAUAUACGGAUCGGCGGCCGCCGUCACCUGUCCCGAGCACGACGCGCGGCAGCUGGAGGUGGGCGAGCUGGGGCUGGUGACGUGGGAGCGCGUGCUGGUGCGGCCGCUGGGCGCGGCGCUGAGCGCGCGCGUUGCCUUCCGCGUGCGCGCGCCGCUCGCGCUCUACCACCGCCUCGUGCUGGAGCCCUUCUUGGCGGACGCGGCGGCGCACCACGCGCGCUCCGCCGCCGCGCUGCUCGCUGAGGGGGACGUCUCACACUUCAUGAAGCACGUGCUCGAGGGCUUGGAACGCGAGGUGGCGCUAGCUAGGCGCUUCCUGCACUCAUCGUCCACGGAAGCAGUGCGAGCGUGCUACGAGCAGGCGUGCGUUGCGGCGCAUCUGCCCGCCCUACACGCUGACGUAGGGCGGCUGCUGCGCGAGGCUGCCAGCGAGGGCGGGCCGGGGGCUGGCGGCGCUGGUGGGGGCGGGGGCGGGCGGCGCGCAGACCUGCGCCGCCUGUACGCGCUGCUGAGGCCGCUGGGUGCGGCGGCGCUGCGCCCGCUGGUGGACGCGGCGCAUGCGCAGGCUGUGCGCGAUGGACUCGCGUUGCUUGAUGCUGAACACCCCAAGGAUGAGGCGCACGCGCACUUCGUGCAGGCGAUGCUGUCGUUACACAGCAAGUACAGCGCGCUGUUCGCCGACGUGUUCGACGGCGCUCAGCCAUUCGUCGGAGCGCUCGACAAGGCGUGCAGUGCGGUGGUGAACCGGCGCUGGGAGGGCGAGGCGUGCGCGCGCGCCCCCGAGCUGGUGGCGCGCUACUGCGACGCGCUGCUGCGGCGCCGCGGCGGCGACGGCGACGCCGACGACAAGCUGGCCGCGGCCAUCGUCGUCUUCAAGUACGUCGACGACAAGGACGUGUUCCAGAAGCACUACGCUCGAGCCCUUGCACGCCGUUUAAUCCACCAGCUGUCCGCCUCCAUGGAGCAGGAGGAGGCGAUGAUCAAUCGACUCAAAGCAGCUUGCGGCUAUGAGUUCACCAACAAGCUUCACCGCAUGUUUACUGAUGUGGCCGUAUCCGCUGAUCUCAAUGCCAAGUUCCAGCAACAUCUGCGUGAUCAGCAUGCCGCUACCGGUGCUGGUUUCAGCGUGCAGGUGUUGCAGGCGGGCGCUUGGCCGUUGGGUGGUGCUAUGGCCCCGCUGGCUCCUCCGCCACAGCUGGAGCGCCCGGCUCGUCUGUUCGAGGCCUUCUAUCGAGCUUCCUUCAGUGGACGGCGCUUGGCGUGGCUGCAUCACUUGUGCACAGGCGAGCUGCGAACUCGCUACACGCAGCGCGUGUGCCACAUCAGCGCCACCACGCCGCAGUGUGCGUUGCUGCUUAUGUUCGAAGGGGCGGAUCGAGUGCCGGCGCGUGACGCGCGUGACGCGCUGCAACUGCCGCCUGACGCGUGGGCGCGUCAUUUACGCCCGCUGCUUGACGCGGGAUUGCUGCGCGCGCACGGUCUCCGCCUUGACGUUGACGGCGACACCUCCGCCCCCACUGACGGUGACGAGGGCGAGCUCGUCCUGAACCUGUCGUUCUCGUGCAAGCGCACCAAGCUGCGGUUGACGUGCGCGGCGGCGCCGGCGGGCGGCGCAGGCGGGGCGGGGGCGGGCGGCGCGGCGGGGGCGGGAGGCGCCGAGCCCGCCCACUGUGAUGACGACCGCAAGAUGUAUUUGCAGGCCGCGCUCGUGCGUAUCAUGAAGCAGAGAAAGGUGCUGCGCCACACGGAGCUGAUCCAGGAGGUGGUGUCGCAGGCGCGGGGCUCCUUUGCACCCUCCGUCGCCAUGAUCAAGAAGUGCAUCGAGGCGCUCAUCGACAAGCAGUACCUGGAGCGUGCUCCCGGCACCCUCGACACAUACUCCUACCUCGCG